AUGCGCCUGGCGAGGGCGCAGCAGAGAGGUGUCGGGAAGCUCUUGGCUGGGAUUCCCCGGCUGACCUACCAUGCGAGCGCCUUCGCCAUUUCGCGGAGUGCUUCAACGAGCCCUCCGAGUGCCAGCGCCUCGAGCACCUCGAACACCUACAUUAAUCUGGGAAAGUUCGAGACGCUGGGCGCAGACGCUGGCCGAGCGGCCACGGGCCUGGCCUACCUGGAGGAGACGUUGCGUGUUCAAGAGGCCGAGUACGCGGCCGAGGAGGAGGAGCUGCGAAAGACCACGAAGGCCAUGCCCCUGGCCAUGAGCCUUCACGAGGUCGGCAGGCAGCAUCACCAGCUCGGCGACCCCGCACAGGCGAUCCUGUUCUACGAGCGUGCGAAAGGCCUAGUGGAGGAUGCGAUCAGUGUUCGCAUGGGCUCGUCGAGCUCUGGGAAGCGCACAAAGGCGCUGACCUAUGCUCUCUUCACAAAGUCAGAGGUUUGCAGCAGCCUUGGUGCGGCCUACCAUGACGCAGGGCAGGCCGGGGAGGCGCUCCAAGAGCACCAGCAGGCCCUGGAGCUCCGGAAGGAGAUCGUGGGGAAGGAGCAUCCUGGCGUGGCAGAAUGUGUGAACAACUUGGGCAACAUCUACUUCGCUCGAGGCUCCUACCAAAAAGCGGCCGAGCAUUUCGAGCAGGCUCUGGCCAUCCUAGCCGCCUCCUGUCCUGACACACCCUUUGUGGCCCUGACCCUCUACAACCUGGGCCUCUGCCGGGCUCACCUGGGACAGCCGCAGCCUGCCGUCCGGGGCCUGGCCCGCCCCCUCAACAAAAUCCCUUGGAAAGCGCGUGGCCUUUUUUUUUUGGGGAAGGAGGCGGCCCUGAAGCGCGCCCUGCGCCUCGCGGAGCGGCUCCUCGGCUCCGAGCACCGGCAGGCGAUGCGGCAGUCGGAGCGGAGCGGAGAGGGCCACGGACACGGCCCAAAAAAGCCCCGCAGAGCCGAAGAGGUCCAGUGA